UUGGAGGAGGGGGUGAAGAGCCGAGCUGAGCACAUGUUAUCCUUGUCCACGUUGCAGUGAACAGAUGGGCAGGCAGUUUGAGGCGCUUCCAUGAACAAUUUGGCGCUCUCGAUGCUCUCGCCGUCGACCUCAGGUUUCCCGCCAAGCCCCCUACCCUCCAAGGCCGCCACGAACGCCACAGCUCCCCGAUGCCGCGCCGCGCCCUCGGGCGACGCCUCGCUGUGCGCCUUCCGCGCGCACCACAGCGCCGGCCACGCCCUCCACACUAACCCGGCUCUGAUGCCCGCGCUCGCCGCCUGCGCGCGGCUGCCCUCCGCCGUGGCCGAGGCCGAGCAGAUCCACGCACUCCUCGUCAAGUCAGGCGGCUCGCGGGCUGUCUCCCACGUCCAAGCCUUCACGUCCCUGAUUCGCGCCUACGCGAGGCUCGGCCGCGUGUGCGACGCGCGGAAGGUGUUCGAUGGAAUGGCCGACCGGACGGUGGUCACCUGGAACGUGCUGCUUGAUGCGCUUAUCAGAGAUGGCGACUUGGACGCUGCGUGGGAGGUGUUUGUGAAAAUGCCGCAGCGCAAUGCGGUUUCUUGGAACACCAUAAUUUCUGGUUUUGCAAGGAACGGGUGGGCGCCGGUGGCAGUGGACUUGUUUAUCGAGAUGACUGUGGCUUAUGGUUUAGCGCCAGAUGAGGCCACGAUGGUUGGCUUCGUGUCGGCUGUUCGGGACAUUGGUCUACUUGCAAUUGGGAAGAGCGCACACGGGUAUGUUCUCCGUCGGGAGUUCUCACUUGAUGGUCCUCUCGGGGUUGCACUGGUCAGUAUGUACACGAGGUGCGGGAGCAUGGGUGCUGCACACAGUUGCUUCUUAAGUGUCACCACCAAGAAUGUGGAGCAUUGGACCUCUUUGAUCGCAGGUUUCGCAGCACAUGGUCAACCAGAGAAUGCCUUGAGGUUGUUCGUCGAGAUGAGGCAGGUGGGCAUUGAGCCUAAUGGUGUCACCUUCGUAGCCGUCUUGAGUGCCUGCAGCCAUGGCGGGCUCGUCGAUGAGGGCUUCAAGUACUUCGACCUAAUGAGGAGCAUGGGCAUCAGGCCGAUGAUCCAGCACUAUGGCUGCUUGGUUGAUCUCCUUGGCCGUGCUGGGUUCUUGAAGGAGGCUUUCAAUCUUGCCAGCAAUCUACCUGAAGAUCCUGGUUUUGUAAUCUGGAGCUCGCUACUAGCAGCCUGCCGUAGCCAUGGCAACGUCGAGAUGGCAGAGCUCACUGCGUCGAAGUUGGCAGAGGCAAAACCAAGUCAUGGCAGCUCGUAUGUGCUGCUAUCGAACACAUAUGCACGAGCGGAACAAUGGGAGGACUCGAAGAGGACGCGGAGGAGGAUGGAGGAACAUAGAGUAGCCAAGAAACCUGGGCUCAGCUGGAUAGAGAUAGAUGGAAGCGUACAUUCCUUUGCCACUGCAGACAAGCUGCAUAUAGAAAGCGAGGGUAUUUAUCAUAUGUUGGAGGAUUUGAAACAUAAUUUUACAUCAGCUGCAUAUGAACCUGAACCGUUCGCUAUUUCUGAACAAUUGUAAUAAAUUUCUUUGGAGGAAGAUUAUCACUUGUUAAUAAAAAAUCCAUCAUAUCAUAAAUAUUAAAUAUAUAUUCAAACUUA